CUUAGCGAAGAGAGUGCAUAGUUGGCGAGAGCUCUGCAAUUACAAGGGUGUCUCCCUGUAGCGCACACGCACCACGCACACACGGGUAAGCUUGUAGCUGCUGAAGCCAUGGCCCUCAGAGACGGAGGAUAUGCAACCGUCGCUCCACAUCACGUAUCAGUUACUCUCCUCCGCCCGUUUGUAAAUCCCACCCACACCUGUUGAAACCUAGUAGGCGGGAGAUAGGCUAGCUGGGUGAAUAGAGCAUUCGGCUGAUUGCCGAAACAAUGCGCAUGCGCAACUUCUCUCCCUUAGGAAUUUUCCCGCUACUUUGUUAUCUGAGUGGGUUUUUUGUCCCUUGUUUGCGUCAUUAUUCAGCGACUGAUUUAGCAGCUCCCGCGCUAUUCGUUUUUGUGCGCGUGCGCGAGUACCUCUUGGACCUCGCGGAUGAUGGACGUGUUGGCCUCCGACCUGUAUGGCGUGCAGGCUUUACGCUUCGGGGAGUUCGUGCUUAAGAGCGGCCUCGUCUCCCCCGUCUAUGUCGACCUGCGCGUGAUCGUAUCGCAUCCGGCUCUGCUCAAGAAGGUAGCAGAUUUACUUUUUGAAACAGCAAAGAAUGCUACAAUCAAAUAUGACACUGUAUGUGGUGUUCCAUACACAGCUUUGCCACUGGCUACCAUCAUCUGCUCAACCAACCAGAUCCCAAUGCUUAUACGGCGAAAGGAAGCUAAAGAUCAUGGUACCAAGCGCCUUGUGGAGGGGACAAUAAAUUUGGGAGAAACUUGUCUAAUCAUUGAAGAUGUAGUUACCACUGGGUUAAGUGUCUUCGAGACAGCAAAGACCCUUCGGAAAGAGGGAUUGAAGGUUACAGAUGCCAUAGUGCUGUUGGACAGAGAGCAAGGAGGAAGAGCUGUGUUGGAAAAGCAUGGGAUACAUUUACACUCAGUAUGUACCUUGUCUAAACUUCUCAAGAUCCUUGAGCAGCAGAAAAAAGUUGCUCCUGAGAUGGUGGCAAGAGCAGAAAAAUUCAUUCAGGAGAAUAUUAUCAACCCUUUCGAGCAAGAUGGUAUUGCUCCUGUGAAAAGAAUGUGCAAAGAAAUGAGUUUUGCUGCUCGGGCUGACCUGCCAGACAUUCAUCCCCUUGCUGCUCAGCUUCUUAGGCUGAUGGAGAAAAAGCAGUCUAACUUGUGCCUUUCUGCCGAUGUGACCAGCUCCAAAGAAUUGCUCCAGCUGGCUGCAACGCUAGGCUCUUCCAUCUGUAUCUUGAAAACUCACAUUGACAUCCUGGAUGAUUUCACCCAACAACUAACAGUAGAGUUGAGAGCACUUGCAAAUAAGCAUGAAUUCUUUAUAUUUGAAGACCGAAAGUUUGCAGACAUUGGAAAUACUGUGAAGCAUCAGUAUGAAGGUGGUGUUUUCAAAAUAGCAUCCUGGUCAGAUAUAGUUAACGCUCAUGCGGUUCCUGGCCCUGGAGUUGUUAAGGGGCUGAAAGAAGUAGGGCAUCCUUUACAGAGGGGGUGUCUCUUGAUUGGUGAAAUGAGCUCAGAAGGGUCGCUGGCGACUGGUGACUAUACUAAAACGGUUAAAAUGGCUGAAGAACAUUCAGAUUUUGUUCUGGGAUUUAUUUCUGGCUCCAGAAUUGUUGAAAAACCUGAAUUUCUUCACUUGACUCCUGGUGUUCAGAUGCAGGCUGGAGGUGAUAGCCUUGGGCAGAAGUACCUGAGUCCUCAAGAAGUGAUUGCUAACAGAGGUUCGGACAUCAUCAUUGUAGGCCGUGGUAUCUUGUCUGCAUCCAGCCGCCCAGCUGAAGCAGAGGCUUAUAGGAAGGUUGCUUGGGAAAGUUACUUGCAGAGAAUUGGUGUCAGUGCAUAAAAUUAACAUGACUCCUGGGUUUCAUUAAGCAAGCUAAAUUCCUAGAAGUUGGAAAGAUUGAGAAGGUAAUUUAUUGUUGUUGUUGCAUAAUAAAUGUUUGUUAAAAUACAUUCACCAGAAAGACCUUUGAAUUCAGUGCCAGUUUUACAAUUUGUGUACCAAUUCUUAAAUGGCCAGUUUUCCUGUUCAUCUGGUCUUAAAAUUCUAUUACCCUAUUAAAACAAACAAAAAGCACUCCAAAGGGCUUUCUCUUUUGCUUCAUUGGUUUUGGGACCCACAGAGGCAUAAAGAAAAGAGGAAGCAUCUGCAGAAGUUAGAGUUGUUAGUUAUUGUUCUCAGUUGUGUUAGAAUGUAAGGACUGAAUGUGGUGCAGCUAGGCGCCUGCCACAGAGCAGUUUCUCUAGAGUUCUGGCACUAGAUAACUAUCUGAAAUAUGCCUCAAAAUCUUGUGCAGGAAUUGUGUGCCUUAGGUAUUAAAAUUAAUGUACUUGCCCAUAUUUUAAUGGAUGCCUUGACAACUUUAUGUGAAGAUGAUGCAUUCCAUUCUGUUUAAUGAUCUGCUGCCUCAAGCCAUACUCAAGACCCUUGUUUUUCCUGCUAGUAACUGCCUAAAUGUAAAAUGUCCUACUUAUGAUAACAAUAAAGCAAACUUUUAUUUUGAGAA